AUAAAGAAAUUGAAAUUGCAUUUUUGGUCAUUAAAUAGGAGACCUGUUGAUCAUCUAAAUAUAUCAUAUCAAUUAAGCAAAAGCAUUGACGCAAGGCUCUGCCUGCACAAAAUACUACUUCUUCUUAAUCAUUCAUUCACUCACUACAACUAAUUAGGAGGAUCUGAGAAACAACUUUAAUUAUAAGGAUGGAAUAUGGUGGUGGGUUAGUGGCUGACGGUGGUGUGUUUGGACCGAUGGUGGGAGGAGGAGGAGGAGAUCAAGCAGAUAUAAUUGAGGAGCUGUUGGGAGAAGGUUGCUGGAUUGAAGCAAGUGAGAAUAGUUUGAUGGCCAUGCAGCAAACUACGCCACAAUCACAAUACAUGUCCAACAAUAAUAAUAUUCCUAUGGGAAUGGGAGAGGGAGAUCACUUCAAUCAUCAUCAUCAUCAUCAUCCUCAUCCUCAUCAUCAAAUGGAAUGCACUGCUCCAGCAGCAAAUCAUGAUGAUCAGCAGGAAAGUGGUUUUGUUGUUGGGAAGAGAUGGUGGAUUGGGCCUAGGGCAAAUCCAGGUCCAACAACAUCUGUCAAAGAAAGAUUAGUGGUUGCUGUUGGUUACUUAAAAGAGUACACAAAGAACUCAUCCAACAACGUCCUUAUUCAGAUAUGGGUACCUAUGAGGAGGAGAUCAGCCCUAAUUCACACUCAAAACCACUACCUUCAGCAGGAGUCAUCAUCUGCACCUGUUUCUGUGAAUCCAAACAUGAACGUUCAUGUUCGUUUCUUUAGAAGCCAUGACUAUCCGCGUCAUCAGCAGCAACAGCAAUAUGGAUCUCUUCUAGCACUUCCAGUUUUUGAGAGAGGAAGUGGGACAUGCCUUGGUGUUAUUGAGUUUGUUAUCUCCAAUCAAACCCUCAUCAAUUACCGUCCACAACUUGAUCAUCUCUCUAAUGCUCUUGAGGCUGUUGAUUUUAGAAGUAGUCACAACAUGAAUAUCCCACAAGCAGUAAAGGUAUUUGAAGAGCUAUAUGAAGCAGCGGUGAACGAGAUAAUGGAAGUGUUGGCGUCAGUGUGCAAGACGCACAAUUUACCAUUAGCACUAACAUGGGCUCCUUGCCUACAACAACAACAAGGAGGAGGAAAGGGAAGUAGUGGUGCAUCAGGUUGUGGUGUUUCAACUAUGAGUUGCUGCAUAUCAACGGUUGAUUCAGCUUGUUAUGUUGGUGACAUGGAUGUAUUGGGAUUCCAAGAAGCGUGCAGUGAGUAUCACCUUUUUAAUGGACAAGGAAUAGUAGGAACAGCCUUCACAACAACCAAACCUUGUUUUGCUAUUGAUAUUACUGCCUUCAGCAAAUCUGAAUAUCCACUUGCUCACCAUGCCAACAUGUUUGGCUUACACGCUGCUGUUGCCAUUCCAUUGAGGAGUGUCUACACUGGUUCUGCUGCUGAUUUUGUUUUGGAAUUUUUCCUUCCUAAAGAUUGUCGUGACACCGAACAGCAGAAACAAAUGCUAAACUCAUUGUCCCUUGUUGUUCAACAAGCUUGUAGGAGCUUGCAUUUGCAUGUCGUCAUGGACGAUAAUAAUAAUAAUAAUAUGAAUGAUAAUAAUUCUUCAGCUGACCAUGAUCAUGAUCAAUUCACCUUCCCAACAACAAAUAGUUACAUGCCUUCUUCUGCUUCUGAACCACUAUCACAAGUUGAUGCAGUUUCAGGUUGUUCAACCAAAGACACUUCAUCAUCAUGUUCUUGGAUUGCACAUAUGAUGGAGGCUCAGAACAAGGGGAAAGGCGUCUCCGUGUCAUUGGAAUACCUUCAAGAGCCUAAAGAGGAAUUCAAAGUCACAACCUGCAACUGGGACAGGGAGAGGGAGGACAAUGUCUUUUCAGAAUUCGGCCAAGUACUGCAGCAGCAGCAGCAUGAUCAGAGCAGUAAUUCAAGGGCAAGUGUUGUAAGUGUAGAAGCUGGUGAAGAAUCUCCUGGUGCCUGUGGUCGCCGGUCGUCUUCUUCUUCGAGUGGGAGAAAGUCCGGGGACAAGCGAAGAACCAAGGCGGAGAAGACUAUAAGCUUGCCGGUUCUGAGACAAUACUUUGCCGGAAGCCUAAAGGACGCCGCAAAGAGCAUCGGUGUGUGUCCUACAACUCUGAAAAGGAUAUGCAGACAGCAUGGGAUUACAAGAUGGCCUUCAAGAAAAAUAAAGAAGGUGGGCCACUCUUUAAAGAAGCUACAACUUGUGAUUGAUUCUGUUCAAGGUGCAGAGGGUGCCAUACAGAUUGGCUCUUUCUAUGCCAGCUUCCCAGAGUUGAGCAAUGCAACUGCUAAUGGUGGUGAUGGUAAUGAUAACAGCAACAAUAGCUUCUAUAAUAAUAACCAUGGAGAUGGAAUAGUUACUAGUUUGAAAUCCCCACCCUCUGCUUGCAGUCAGACCCAUGCAGGAAACAAAUUACCUAUGACUACUACUACUGCCAUUAACCAUCAUCAUGUUGUGAUGACAGAAAACCCUACAGGAGCUCCUUUAGGAGUUGAUCAUGCCUUCAUGCAUGCAUCUAAUAUUAAUAUCCAGGACUACCAUCAGCUGCAGGAGGAUCUUGAUACUAAGCAAUUACUGCUACAUUUCAACAACAAUAAUCAAAUCCUACCUCCAAGACCAACUGUGGCCUGGAACAACAACAAUUCUUCAUCAUCAACACUCCUAGAAAGGGGUGCUUUCAGAGUGAAGGCAACUUUCGCGGAUGAAAAAAUCAGGUUUAGCUUGCAAGCAAUGUGGGGAUUUAGAGAUUUGCAGCUUGAGAUUGCAAGGCGAUUUAACCUAACAGAUAUGAACAACUUGGUUCUAAAAUAUUUGGAUGAUGAAGGAGAAUGGGUUGUGUUAUCAUGUGAUGCUGAUCUUGAAGAAUGUAAAGACUUGCACACAUCAUCUCACACACGUACCAUUAGACUCUCUCUUUUUCAAGCUUCCCCUCUCAAUCUUCCAAACACUUUCCGCAACAGCAGCAGCAGCAGUCCAUCCUCCUAGCUAGCUAGCUUACAACUUCUGAUCAUCUGAAUGUGUUGUGUCUGUCUGUCUGUCUGUCUGUAUAUUGUAUAGCAUCCAAAUUCCCAAGCAAACAUAACAUCAAUGUUAGCUCAUAUACCUUUACUGCUUUUCAUUUAAUUACUCGUUAAGUUAGAUUCUGCGGCUUUAUUUUGUUAAUUACACAUCUUGUUGUUU